AUGGACGCCCUUGCUGCAGCCGCUACUUCUCCCUCUAAAUUCCGUCGUCUAUGCCGAUUGAACGAGUUUCAUGAACCCACAACGGCAUCAUUCUCAGACGGUCAUGUACAAGCGAAUCUCAUCAUCCUCCCGGAAAGAUAUGCACAAGAUUUUAGAAACCUUUGUAUGCGAAACCCUGUUCCAUGCCCAUUAAUUGGCGAAACACGUCCCGGCGACCCUCGAGUGCCUGAACAUCUCGCUUCGGACUGCGACAUACGCACAGACCUUCCCCUAUAUAACAUCUACAAGAACGGAAAGUUAGCAGGGACCAAGAACAACAUCUCGGAAGAAUGGAAAUCCGAUUCGGUCGCGUUCCUCAUCGGAUGCUCGUUCUCCUUUGAAGCGGCUCUAUCCGCCAAUGGCUUUACACCACGCCAUACGGAAUUGAAGAGGAACAUUUCGAUGUAUAGGUCGACCGUUCCAUUGAUGCCUGCAGGAGUAUUUUCGGGACGUAUGAUCGUCUCUAUGAGACCUUAUGCAGGUGACUCUGUGGAACGGGUACGUGCAAUCACUAGGCCGUUCAUUCAGGCUCAUGGGGAGCCUAUCGGGUGGGGACCUGAAGGGGCCCGAGCACUGGGAAUCAACGAUCCCGAUGGAACACAUCCGGAUUUUGGAGACCCGAGUGAGAUUCGUGACGGAGAAGUUCCGGUGUACUGGGGUUGCGGUGUAACGCCUCAGCAAGCUAUCAUAGAUAGCGGAAUCGAGGGUGUCGUGGUAUCUCAUGCACCGGGACAUAUGCUCGUGCUCGAUCUCUUGGUGAAGGAUGUAUGUCAAACUAAAUGA